GCAGACGCUCCUCUUGCGCCCGAGUCAUGGAGAACAGCUUCCCGCGUUCAUUCGUCCGCGCCGCUCAUGCGCAUUAGUGAUGUUACCUCGCUGGCCAUCUUUGAUGAGCUCCCACCAGACUACCAACUCUGUACGACCUCUUCGAUCGCGAUUUCGACAGUCAUAUGCGAUUCCGAUGGACAGACAGGCAAACAGCGGCACGGAACACAGGCACGGGCGAAUGUCAGAGCAGGGUAGAUGAGGUCCGGACGUCAUAGCUACCUUGAAUUCCUCUCGCCCAAUUCCCACCCAUGACACAGUGUCUGGUCGUUGCUUUGACGCUGACUUAUAUCUGCCUUCAUUCUCCCAUUGCUGCUUGUCUAAUGCAAAUAACUUUCUAAGUUACUGACUACCCACGAGAACAGAUACCGCCACAGCCAUGCGCUACAUUAUCAUCCCAGCGCUCGUCGCCACUGCGCUAGCUCAGACCGAUAACAGCAGUCCUAAAAUCAACCCCGAUGCCCCUGUCUACAGCUGCGAUCGGCUCCCCUGUGCAAGCUACGCAGAAGGUGGCUUCUGCAGGUCCUCCACUGCAGUCGGUCUCGUGGCCGACGCUGUUCGUCUUCCUCGGGCAAACUCCUCCCUUUCGUUCACGCUCGUCGAGGGAGGUCCCCAGGGCUCACUGACUCAGCCGCCUUUGCCGUUUGACUUCACAACUCGGACUCUCUUUGUCGGAGCCUCUGCUGGCGUGGAUCUGCGCAGUCGGCCGCCGGCGUGCGCACUACUGAUGCAGUACGAUUCAGCGACUUUCCCAUACUUCACGAACAACUCGCCCGCCAAUCGCAACUCGACGACCUGCCCGAACGGGUUCGUUUUCGCCAAUGACCUCUCUUCUUUCGCUUCUUCCAUUCAGAACUUCAGGUACUCCACCAGAGCCGCCUCUGGUUCCAAUUCGACCUCCUUGUCCCGCUGCGAAGCCUUGGCAUCCUACGUUGAGCAAGCAAUAAACUCCAACAUCACCUUCGGCACCUACUACGGAUCACUCGUCAGCGUAACAGGCGGCGCAAUCUCAGGCUCGGGAGUCGCGAAAAAUCAAGUUCAGUCGCUUUAUGGAUCUCAAACCGACCCAAGCAGCUGCCAGCCUUCGUUGCCUCGAAACGUUCAGCUCUACAACGUGACGUCGGCCACCGAGAUCCUUCGAAAGUCCCCACAGUCUCAGAACUUGACCUAUGGUGGCAGAAUCGGAUACUCUCCCCUUGUGAGCGUGGUCUACGACAGCGAGGACGACACAAGCCCUGAUGUCUCCGUUCAUUGCUUGCACUUGUGGGCCACCAAUGGAUCGGCAUUGCCAUACUCAACCUUGGUCGCUGAUCAAGGCAUGGGUAUUGCGAGCUUCGGUCAUGUCAGCCUGGGCGCAGUGGUUGCUGGCCUUGUCGUCGGUACCUGGAUGAUGCUUUUCUAAGCAUGCAGGACCAUUGCCAUUGGCUAUGCGUCUCACCCUUCCGCGCGGCGGCGAUGGGAUGAUAAGGACUUUGGAAGUUGAGGGUAUCGGCGUCGCAGACUCUGUAAGUAUAUAUACUGCGAAUGGCUUGGAUGAGUAAUGUUCGGAUGGAUCAUCAUGACAGCAUAAUCGCUUGAGCUGAGGUGUGAAGAUUAGCUUCACUCAUCAGCUGUAGACCCAAGUCGGCCUCAAGUGUUACAUAAUGGCCGAUCGCUAUCUUGUCUUUUUCUUCCGAGGUAC